UUGCGAAAAGCACAAAAAUAUGUUUGUGUAACCAUUUGUUUACGAUGGAAACAGAAUAAUUUCAUUUUAAAUUGGCAUUCCCAUACAUAAAGCGUUGAUGACAAAGUUCACCUACAAUGGCGGGGCAAAUGUGGGAUCUGGCAGCAACGCCAAUUGGCAAGGCCAUCCACGCUGAUGAUGCAGAUGAAGUCAACAGACUGGUUAAAGAAGGUGCAAACAUCUUGUUUAAGGAUAGGAAACACAACACAUACCUACACUAUGUGUGCACCAUGUACAGACCCAGGGUAUUCUACACGCUGGUGGCACAUGGCAUUGACCUUGGAGCUCAGAAUCGGCAUGGCAACACAGCACUGCACGUGACUGCCCUGCAGAGAGAGAGCUGCCAUGUAGCCGACCUGAUGAUGUGUGGAAUUGACCCGGCCAUCAAGAAUAAUGAUGGCAAGAGGGCAGACCAGCUUGGCACCCAGAACAAAUACUGGCACAUGAUCAUUGAGCGAUACAAGCGGUUGUUUGGGCCUAAUUAUAAAGAGGGUCCGGGCAUAUUCCAAGCCGUGAAAGAGCAUGACAUCCCCAAAAUCAAGCAGCUGCUACGAUGCUGGAUUCGUGUGGAUUGCAAAUAUAAUAAGCAGACACUCCGUCAGUAUGCGGCCUGUCUGAAGUUCCAUGACAUUGUUGUCAUCAUUGAUGAACAUAUGGCCACCUCGGACAUGAUCUGUGGGGUAUUUGAAGGUGACCAUGGCAAAGUACGAGAGGCUUUGAAGAAGACUCGAUGUCGUGUUAACUUCCUCAACGAGAUAUCGGUGAAGAGACACAUACUUCAGUAUGCCAUCAAGUUUAGGGACCUUCGGUUUGUGCAGAUGUUGUGUGAUGCUGGAGCUGAUGUUAACACCAGUGUACGGGUCAACAACUACUUUUGGGGACCAUUAUACUACGAGGUUCUUCACAAAGAUGUCCCUCAUGAUAUCAUGUGGUACGUCCUGAAAUCAGGGGCUGAUUUCACUCUCAAAGAUGAGCGUGGUCGAACUGCAUUCAUGUACACCUUGGACAAAGUGAACGGGGAGAUGCCUAUAGAUGUCUUCCAGUAUAUGUUGACCAAGGGCACAGAUAUCACACAGAGAGACUGUACUGGAUGUAAUCCCAGGGACAUAGCAAGGUUUGCCAGGCGUCGUGAUGUGGUAGACAUGAUCGAUAAGUUCUAUAUUCGGAUCAUUCGAGACUCGGACUGUGACACUCUCACACAGAUGGCGGUCGAUGGAUAUGAGAGUCUUAUGAUCACACACAAUUAUCGAGACACGUUUAUCUACGCUGCUGGCAACAAGACAGAUGAUGUCCUCCAGUUCAUACAGUGGCUACCUAGAUUCCAGGAUGAGGUGCGGCAACUUCAUCACGCCGUGGAGCAACUGUCGAAGGCCGAGGUCCGUAGAAUAAUUGACUCCUCCCCUACACCAGACUUGAUUGUGAUUGCAAAAAAUAAGGCUAGACGCACACCGCUGAUGCAGGCUGUGAUAUUUGGGAGAGAUGACAUUGCUGAGAUGCUGGUUUGUCUACAGUACGAUGUCAACAUAGACGCCUUGGACUGUUGCAAUCAGACUGCGUACCACUUUGCAUGCUGCCUGCCAGGUGACCUUGGCAAGAAGGUCAGGGAGACACUUGUAGAUGCGGGUGCAGACACAAGUAUCAAGGAUACGCUUGGCCUUACCGGAGACGAGUUUGCAGCAAAGCACAUGGGACAUGGAUGGCUGGAGAAGGAACAGAAAGCUGUCUAUGGGAUGACCCUGGAGCUUGUUCUUGUCGACAAGUAUGAAGACCUAAGGAAGAUUAUUCGAGCUAAGAAGAAAGGCUUUAAAGAGUUCCAAGAAUAUAUACGCACACUCAACUUUCCGAUUGUAGCUCUACAUAAAGUGCUCUCCCCGCUGAUGCCAUCUUAUCGAGACCUGAUAUUUCUCGCUGUAGACUACGGAAAAGAAGACAUUGCUUCCUAUCUGGCCAACAUUGGUGCUGACUUGAUCAGGAAAGAAAAGUACGAGAAGACAAAACCAGACGGCACAAAAGAAGUGAAAUUCUACAACCCACCAGAGAGAGCAGAGCACCUUGGCAUGACAGACCUGGCCACGUCUCUUCAGGUCAAGUUGACCUUUCAACGAGAAAAAAGGAGACAGCAUACUCCUCUCCUACCAAAACGGACCAUUCAGAAACACUUUGACAUCAACGUCACAGAGUACGAGAGGUCCAAGUCAUGCGUGUUUGUCACACAGUCGGUUGUGUGACUUCCUGGAUUCUUCACUUUGUGACAUUUUGGGUGCCUUAGUAAAUUAGCCUAAUUCUAUGGAAAGAGAAAUUAAUACAUUUGCGUAAUGUGUAGUUCCAGAUAAGCCUGUGCAGUCAGUCAGGGACGAAUGAAAAAUUCCAUAAAAGUGGAAACUGUCCUCCCUGAUUUGCCUUAGCAGACUGCACAUGCUGUUCUGGGACGACACUUUACGUCCAAGCAUUAGGCCCAGUUUUUCUAGAAUGAGGUUGAAUAUAUUUUUAAGUUAUCAUAUCUGUGUUUCUGUUCUUUGGUGCACAAUGGUUUUAUAUUUAAUUGAUUCUGUACUUGAUCGCAUAGUAUAUUUUGUUUUAUCAUGAGUAUUAUACUUUGAGAUAUCACAGAUACUUUACCUUGACAUGUCAUGGAUUUGUUAUUGUGUGUUGUCGUGGAUUCUUUAUUUUGUCAUAUGUUCAAUCAUUUACUAUGUAUACAAAACUGUACUAUGUCUUAGCUGAAAACAACUGACAAUACAUUGAUUAAAUACCAUGAUACAUAUUGGUGCUCAUAUGAAUUUAUAUAAUGGCGUUUAGUAUAUUUAUAAUAUUGACUAUUUUGUUUAAGCUUGUUUGUGUGUGAGUGCUUUUAUUCUACACCCAAUGGCCUCUAAAAUUGUAUGUUUGUGAUGUUUGUGUUCUUUAAAGUCAUAACCCCAAAAGGUUUAACAGGGCGACCAAUGACUAACAGCAAGAAUAUUAUACAAGAAAAUCGUAAGAGAAAAAACAACUUGUUAUGAAAAGAAAGAAAACUAUAAAUUAAAUAUUGGUUAAUAUUGGAAAGAUAUAUAAAUUUAUGCAAUCACACUUUGCUGUAAUUUUAUAAGUAGUUUGACGACAUUCAGAUUAAGGAAGCAUCAAGAUUGUUACGGUGACCUUGUUUAGAGAACAUUUUAUAUCUGUUCCUGGUUUUUACGUCUAGUCAUUUCAUUUGCAUGAAUAAUAACCACGCACAUGUUGAGAAUGCAAUGGAUUAAGUGCUGAGAAAUUGUUAGAUAUAUGCGUGUUUUGAUGUGAAGUUUAGUUUUAUUAUAAAUUAAAUGAUACUUU